GCGGGUGAGAGGUCAAUUGUUGACUUCCAUCUGUACAGUUAUGUUAUGCUGCAGUAAUCCAGGACAAUGUGACCCUCUACGGAUCACCUUCAUUAGCUAGUUGAAGUUACUCGGAGUGCAAGUGAGUCGCAGGGGAGGGCCGCGGGAUUAUACCCAGGGUGCGCACUGACUGCGUCUCUAGCUGCACCAUCUCCAACUCGGGCUGCAGUUUGGCCGCAGCACGGGGAGCCCUCAGCUUGUCCCCUGCGGGUGACUCCUCGACCAUGCGACAGUGGUGCCUUCCUGCAGUGACUCCAUGCGCUGAACAGCUCCCAACGGUCCGAUUAUCACCUCAAAUCUCAGAUGUCAGGAUGGAGUGUUGUGAUGUGGAGCCACGUUAUACCAUCGAACAGAUUGACCUACUUCAGCGUUUAAGGUUGUCAGGGAUGACCAAACCUCAAAUCAUUCAGGCCCUGGAGUCUUUAGAGAGACUUGAUCCAGACCAUCGUACCCCAUGCUGCAACAAUCACUUGGUCCCACCCAGUGCUCCUACCUCUGCAGCACCUACUGCUCCCUCUUCCACCUCCUCUUCCUCAUCUUCUCUUACCUCAGCUACCACACAAACCCCUGUGAUGGAUGCUGCAUUAUCACCUAGCAACAGCUACGAUGCCUCGCCCCCACCCCUGUACCCACCCAGUGGAGUUCAGAGGUCGUUCAGUUACGAUUUGGCAGAAGAAGACUGGGAUCUGGAAGAGAAGGUGGAGGAAUACAUGAGGAGGGACAGUAACCUUGUGAAAGAAGAGAUAAAGGUUUUUCUCAAUAACAGAAGGAUCUCGCAGGCAAUUGUUGGACAAGUUACAGGUAUCAGUCAAAGCUACAUCUCCCAGUGGCUUUUGCAGCAAGGCCUGGAGAUGAGCGACUCCAAACGCAGGUCAUUCUAUCGUUGGUACCUGCUAGAACGUAACAGUCCAGGAAUCAGAUGGAGUGAAAACCAGCAUGCUCAGGUCCCCAGGAGCAGGACUGACACCACCUGGAAUAGGCAAAGAGAACUUCUGAUGCACCUCCUUCCCUGGUACUCUGCUCACCAAUCCCAGUCAGGUGCCACUUUGUCCAUGCGCUCACUGGUUAAAGAAGAGCCCGAUUGGAGAUUAACUGGAAGUCCCGGAGACAGGGCAGUGGUUGGGCCUUUUAGACUGCGGAGGGGGAGUCGCUUCACCUGGAGAAAAGAGUGCCAGUCAAUCAUGGAGAGUUUCUUUAUGGAGAAUCAGUAUCCUGAUGAGGCCAAGAGAGAGGAAAUUGCCAGUGCCUGUAAUGCUGUCAUUCAAAAGCCUGGAUGCAAACUGUCAGAGUUUGAACGAGUCACUGCACUCAAAGUGUACAACUGGUUUGCCAAUCGGAGAAAGGAGAUGAAGAGACGUGCCAACAUUGAGGCUGCCAUACUAGAAAGCCAUGGAAUAGAGGUGCCCAGCCCCAUCUGCCAAUCAAACAGCGAAGAGGUUGAGAUUCAAGAGUUUGGAGAACAAGUCAUGAGCCAGCGGUUCUCUGAGCAGGAGGAACUCUCUCGGAGAAAGGUCAUUGAGCCAGAAGUGGCCAUGUUACCUGCUGUGGAAGUAAUGUCUCUUCCAAGCCCUGCCUCUCAACUUGUGGAGCAGAAGCUUGAUCAAUCAAAAAGGGAGGCUACUGAUGAGGACUAGCCAAUGAGCAGAGUCUUAUUUUUGUUCCAAAGUGGCAUCAAGUGGUCGAUCUCAGCUAGGCCUGACACUAAAUUUUCUGAUGCCUCUUGUGGUAGGAAGGCCACUGUAUGUAUCUACAGUAAUCACGCUUGUAGUAAUGGCAAUAUUUAUCCCUAUACAGUAUAUUAUGCAUUCCAAGACAUUCUUAACAUUUCCCGCAAGUGGGAAGAUGUGUAAGGUGCAAACUAGUCCUUUCUCAUAACGCUAAAGCUGUUUUCUUUCUUUUCUCCAUAUACUCAUAUAUUGGUUUCACCUACUACAAAAAUCAUCUGGAGUGAGCAGUCUAGAAAAACCUGCAGGACAGGUGUUUAAGUUGACAGAAGGGGCACACUAGACAUAAUUGUAAGUCUGUGUGAACAUUAGUAGAGCUCAGUUAUCCCUUAAUUGUCUUAUGCAAUAGUUAAAUGAUGGGACAGAUAAACCCCUGGCAAAUACACCAACUCAGGUAGAACAAAAUUUGGCAUUUGAAAGAGAAAAGUUUCGCCAUGAUGGAAAUCAAGGUGUUUUCCAUAAUAAUGGUUCAUUGGGUAGAAAUGUGACCAGACUGUGUACAUGUUUCUUUGUCUUUUCAUUUUCUUUAGGAAGUUUUCUUCAUAUCUAAAAUCAAUAUUCUGAUUAUCAUAGCUCUCCAGACUGUUUUUGUAUACACAAUGAUUGUAAGCUCUUUCUAUCCAGGCACUUAAGCUACACUGACCCUGACUGUUAUGAGGGUCUUUUUUUUUAUUAUUUUAUAUUCCAAUUAUUAUUUGCUAUAAGCAUAAUUUACUUACCUCUAUCAUACAGUAAUGCAGUAUAAACAACUACAAAGUAUAAUAUCAGCAUCUAAUGCAACAAGCUGAUUUUAAAUGGAUAGACAUCCAAUUUGGUUCCUGUGUCUCAACAAAAGCCAAAGCAAGGUCAAGUUGUAAAACAAUGAAUUUUAAAUAAACAAAGGCAAGUGGACUAAACAAUUGCUUAUUGCACAUUAAUGUGCAGCAAUGAAAACGCUUUGAGCGUGUGAAGGCUUUAAGCUGCACAGUAUGAUUAUUUUGGCCUGUCAGUUAAGUAAAUAAAAAAGAAACAAUGCUGCAAUCUGUCUAGGCCCAAUCUCUGUGCUUUUUCCUAAUGAUAUAAAACAAUAAAAUAAUAGACAAAUGUAGUUUUGAGUUUGAAUUGUAUUUGUGAAGGCAAGGAUUUU